CACACACACACACACACACACACACACACACACACACGAAGCUUAGCGAGUCUAUGGAAGAAAAAGGGGUGAAACAACGUGGAAAAAGCUGUGACUUUUCACUCAUCAUGUUUAUCACGUGACACUUGCAGAAAUUGAAGAUCAUGGUGUUUCUUAGUAACACUAGGUCCUGAUUCUGAACGUGUCACUUUAGCUAAGUAGUGUCAGAUUUACACAAAAUGCCUGUGUAGGCUGUUUUUAACAAAUUAGAAAUGUCACAAUGUCAUGUUCAUGCUGCUUGUCAAUAUAUUACAGGUGAAAUUAAUAUAAUCAAUGCCUUGCACUAAAUAAUAAAAACUAAACCUCCUGAACAGAGAAAACUCGAAUCAAACUAGCCUCGUCUAGCUAGCCAAUUUUUUUUUUUUUUUUUGUGAAACAGUCCAAACUAAGAUUUGGUGAUCAGAUUGGGUCAGUGGUACAUUGCAGCACGGACAAAUGUUUAAAAAAAUCAAAAUCGGAUCCACUCUGCUGUGUGAACAAAGCCAUAUUUUUGUCAUUGCACUAGGGCUGGUAUCACGAUAUAACAUCAAUAAAUUACGCAACAAUAUGCUUUUCUGAAAUAUCAUGAAUAUUGAUAUCCUUUUAUUAAAUUUUAUUAAUUUUUUUAAAAAUAAUUACAGAUCGACUGGAAACAGUUAUCAUGAUGUUAUUCUGUACUUAAUCUUUAAAAUUGUAUAAUUUACAUUCUUUCUCUUUUUUAGUGUUAUAUGUAUUUUUAACAUAAAAAUGUUAUUUGCUUAAGAAUGUUAUUUGCUUGAAAAUGUUAUUUGCUCCACGAAAUGAUUAGAAAUGUAUUCUUAUUUAUAACUGUUUUUUUUUUUAACGCAAUGCUGGUAUUUUGCUGGCAGUUUGGGAGCAAACCUGUGUGUCGUGUCGCUUGUCAUGUAUCGUUGAACUGCCUUCGAGAAUUGCGAGAUGAUAUUUGUUAUAUCGCCGUCUCCUACAUUGUACUCUGAGAUAUAACACUUUAAAGCCAACUGUCUGUCCUGUGUUACACAACACAUGCAUUACUGUGUUCAGUAUUCAUAGAUUAUUCUUCAAAUUAUGCUCUGAUGCUUCAAUGUUUUUAUUUGUUAUUGCUUUUUAUUACUGAAAAGUGAGUCAGAAAAUUGAGAUUUCAAUAAUGUAUAUAAUAAUACUAAUAAUUACUUAAUCACUUUCUUUUUAUGACUAAACUCUAACUCACCUUCAUGAUUAAACUGUAGUAAUAAACUGUAAACUGUUAAAUCUUUAUAAAAAUGGAAACUGUUCCAGUCAAACUUUUAGGUACUUUUAUUUUCUCAGCUGAAAACUGAACGUGUUGUUUUUGGCAGCCAAUAUGCCGAUGCAUUGCUAAUUAUUAUGGCAUAUAAAAACUGCUCUGUAAUAACUAUUUUUUUCUUUACAGUGCAUAAUGAACGACUCGGCCACCAACACCACCUUCUCACCAGCUCUGCUUUAUUUAAACACCACCGUCCUGAACAUCACCUCUUAUCAAAACAGCAGCCUUCUAGCCGUCACUAAUGCCACAACGUCAUCCACGUCGACUGUCACUCAGCCACGCCCACAGACUAACUCUACUCUCGCGACUCUCACCACUUUAACCACGACUCCCGCAGGAACGCUGGCGUCCAUUAACGUGCCCUACAUGGCGGCGGAGCUGGUCAUCGCCUUCCUGUCCACUGUGGGCAACCUGCUGGUGUGCGCCGCUGUGGGGUUUAAUCGGAAGCUGCACACGGUCACUAAUUACUUCCUGGUGUCGCUGGCGGUGGCAGACGUGUGUGUGGGGGCGCUGGCUAUCCCCUGCGCCAUCAUGACCGACCUGGGCAUCCCGCGCCACAACCUGUACCUGUGCGUGCUCAUGCUGUCGGUGCUCAUCAUGCUGACUCAGAGCUCCAUCUUCAGCCUGCUAGCUGUGGCUGUCGAGCGCUACGUGGCCAUCUUCAUGCCCUUUCGCUACCACAGCACCAUGACGCCACGCAACGCGCUGCUCGUCAUCCUGAUCACGUGGGUGCUGGCUUUCCUCAUCGGCCUGGUUCCGCUCAUGGGCUGGCACAAGACUCCGCCCGGGGACGGCUUCUGCUUCUUCGUCAGCGUGGUGGAGAUGACCUACAUGGUGUACUUCAACUUCUUUGCGUGCGUGCUGACGCCGCUCAUCGUCAUGUUCCUGAUCUACGCGCAGAUCUUCCUCACGGUGAAGCAGCAGAUGCGCAGGAUCGCGGCGGAUCGCGGAGGCCAGGCCAACAGCGAGGGAGCCACCAACAUCAAGAAGGAGAUGAAGACGGCCACGUCGCUCUUCCUCGUGCUCUUCCUCUUCACCGUCUGCUGGAUCCCGCUGCACAUCAUCAACUGCUUCCUGCUGCUGUGCCCUGAAUGCUACGUGCCCCUGCCCCUCCUGCUCACCGCCAUCAUCCUGUCGCACGCCAACUCGGCUGUCAACCCUUUCCUCUACGCAUACAAGAUGAAGUCGUUCAGGGAGGCUUUUAAAGGUAUCUUCCUGUGCUGCCGAGGCAGCGGCGAGGGACAGGAUCACCAUGACGAUGGACGUGUAGCUACCAUACACAAAUCCUGAACUCGCACUUUUGUCAUGUAAUCUAUUUAGCAAAUAAUGACUGAACUGAGUGUCCUCUUCAUCAACUGUAUCACUGAGCGAAGAUUUAAUAAAGUUACAUCUAGUUUUUUAAUCAUGGAUACUGUUUGUACUUUUUUUCUUAAUAUAAUCUACAUUUUAAAACCAUUUCUAGUCCAAUCUAUAAAAAUCUGUGUUGAACUCAGAGCUAAAGAGACACAAGAGGCUGAUGUUCCAAUGACAAUAUAUCAAAAUAUUUUGGUUAAAAAUGUACGCCUACAUUAUUUAUGUUUUAAUUUACUUUUAAUUUACUGUAAUUAUAAUUCUGUUUGUUUCAUUAGUCAAGACAUCCAAGCUUGCUAAGAAGCAUCACGCUACAUCCCCAAAAAAAGAAAAGCGGGUAAUAAGCAAAAAUGCUAAAAUUGCUAAAUAAAUAAACAAAAAAAAAUAAUAAUAAUAAUUUUACAUACAUUUUUAUAAAUAUAUCUGAUUGAGGCAUGAAGCAGAGCAAUGCAAUGGGACAGCUAGAGAAGAAAAAAGAAAGAAAAAAAAAAAAGAUCCUGAGUCUCUACCGGUGUGAAAUAGGCCUGACAAAUUCCUUUAAAAUUUAUUCAGAUGCUUUCGCUUAAAUAUUGAAUAUUUGUUUAUUAAUAUUAACAUUUUAUAGUGACACAAAAAAAAAAAAAAAACAGUAGAAGCACUACACUAUGUCUUUGUCCGGGAUAAAUUACAUAUUGUGAAAAUUGUGUCGUUUUCUUAAAAAUGGAAAAAAAUCACGAGGAGGCCAUGUCGUAAUUUCAUCAGUAAUCAAACACAAUAAGGUUGCUGUAAAAAAAAUAAAUAAAUAAAUUAAAUAAAUAAAUAAAAACUGCUGAAUUUAAAAAUUUUUUUUUUGUGAUGCUAGGUUUUUUUUUUUAAGUAGCACACACGUACCUAACAAAAAAGUGUAAAAAAAUAUUGUAAACCCCAUAACAUUAGAUUUUUCCUUAUUUUAUUUAAAUGAUUGCACUUAUUUAGCACUCUGGUGUUUUCGUGUUGAUAUUUAGCUCUAUUUUUCAUUUCUUAGACAAUUCAUGUAAAAAUCCAUCAUCUACAAACUCAUCUUCAAAUAAGAAAUAGAUAUUUUGAGAAAUUUUUGUACUUGAGCAAAACCAAAAAUGAACACAAAUUUAAUAAUGGAAUGUUAACGCUUUUCUUGUCAACUAAUCAGCGCGAGGGUAUUUUAAGAGCUAUAAUUAAAGCAAAUUUUUAAAAAAAAAAACGCAGUUAGACGACUUCAAGCCGACUUGUAAAUAGUUUCACAUUCACUAUUUUUCCUCACUACAAAGUCAACGACGCUGAAAAUACCAUAUAGUGCAGUCCGACUAAAAAAACAGUGACUUCAUUAAAAAUCUGUCAAAAACGACUAAAAUUUCAACUGAAUUCUUUCCUUAAUUGGAAAAAUCUAUAGAGAAUUUAAAAUAAUUACAUUUAUUCAAAACCUUUUAGUAUAUCAAGAGAGACAGAUACUCGUAUAAAACUGAGCCCAAAUGUUCUACUGUGAACUUUUAUCUUUUUAUGCUUAGUGUUGUGAGCAACGCACAGUAAAGUGCCAAUGCCUCAUUAUUUCGACUGAAGGAGCUGAAAUCAGAAAUUCGGGUUUUUAUGGAAGU